AUCUCACUCAUCAACCUCAUCAAACACUCCACUAUUACAAACAACUAUCACCCAACACCACACCACCACCACCAACCAUCAAUAUGCAGUUCAAGACUCUUCUCGUCGCCGCUGGCGUUGCCUCCGCUGCCCCUAAGGAUACCACUCCCAAGAACUUCGAAUUCCAAGGCCUUGCCCUCCGCUCUGCCUCCCCCAUUCACUUCAACUACCUCCAGGCUUCCCAGGAGUCUUUCGAGCUGAAGCUCAAGGACCAGAAGGCCUCUUGCUACAGCAGCAAGGACAAGCCCCAAGAGGCCACUUUCCAGCUCUACGGUGACGAGCUCUGGCUCUACUCCGUCGGCAACCCCCGCCAGCAGGUCUACGUUGACUUCUCUGGCAUGGGCCAGGGCAAGUUCGGUUACACCACUGGUGCUCAGCCUGCGCCCAAGAACGCCUCCCGCAAGGGCUGGAAGGUCGACAAGGACGGCAUGCUCACCUGUGACGGUGCCAGUUUCGUCGCCUGCCCCAUGGGUGACAACCUCGAGAAGACCUCUUGGUCUGUCUGGGUCUACAACAGCAUCAACAACCCCGGCGGCAACAAGAACUGCCUUCCUUUCUCCGUCAAGGCCGUCAAGGUUGAGAAGCCCAUCCCCUGCUCUUACUCUGCCAUCCAGCCCAAGGCUUAAGUUCUGGCUGUGAUGGAUAGCUUCUAGUAUAUAUUUAUUGUUACACCUUUACGAUCAUGUUGGAUCUAGACAUAGUGAGAUACUUCUCAGCAUAUUAGCGUUUUGACGGGGUCGCAAAGCCUCAUUUAAUCACACAAUCAAUUCUGCUCAAGCCA